AAACUUAUGUUACAAUGUCUUAUACUUGUAUUCUUGUCCAUUGUCCUCAUUUAUCUAAUUGCAGAUUUUUUAAAAAUGAUCCGGGUGCCCGGGUUGGUUGGUGUUUAUCUCCUUCUCCCGGUCCUAUACAUUCUCCCAGUCUGUGUUGGAACACAGGAUUCGAACCCUGAUCCCCAGGGUUAUGUCAUGUACUGUCCUUGUAUGGGCAGAUUUGGGAACCAAGCUGAUCACUUUCUUGGGUCUCUUGGCUUUGCUAAGGGUUUAGAUCGGACCCUUGUUCUCCCUCCAUGGAUUGAGUAUCAGACAGGACGAAGAGGAUCUGUAAUGGUUCCGUUUGAUUCUUAUUUCAAUAUUACAAAAGUCUCAGAAUUUCAUAGGGUUGUCACGAUGGAGUACUUCUUCGACCACCUGGCCGGCAGCGUUUGGCCGCCGGGAGAAAGAAUAUCGUUCUGCUAUGGUGAAAGAAGAGGACCUAUAGAGCAGUCUUGUAACGCAAAAGAUGGCAACCCCUUCGGACCGUUCUGGGACACCUACAACGUUAGUUUCGACCGGAGUGAGAUGUACGGCCCUCUGUCCUACGACGUGUAUCACCAGGAUGCCGGAACUGUUUGGAACCGGAACUAUCCUCCGGAGAAGUUUCCUGUUCUAGCGUUUACCGGAGCUCCAGCAUCAUUUCCGGUUCAACUGGAUAACGUUAAGCUCCAGGAGUUUGUGGUGUUUAAUGAGUUCUGGCGAGGUUUAGCAGAGAACUGGGUGAAGAGGAAUCUACCUAAAGGUCCGUUUGUCGGAAUUCAUCUGAGGAACGGGAUGGAUUGGGAUAAAGCCUGCGAGCAUAUAUCUUCAAGUAAUCAUCUCUUCUCCUCUCCACAAUGCCUCGGGUAUAGAAAUGAAAACGGAGAACUAUAUCAGGAACUCUGUAUCCCAUCUGACUCCACUAUCGUUAAACAGAUCAAGAAGGCUGUGAAGAAGGUGGGAGCUGUGGCGAUAUUUAUCGCUAGUGAUAACGAUUUCAUGGUUCGGCUCCUCUCUGAGAAGUUAAAGAACCUAGGCGUGUCUCUUCAUCAUCAGGAUGAAGGGGACUCAAUACCCCACCUAGAUCUGGCAAUCCUAUCCCGGAGCAACUUCUUUAUUGGAAACUGUAUUUCAUCCUUCUCCGCGUUUGUUAAACGGUCCCGGGAUGUCGAGGGUCUUCCUUCAGGAUUCUGGGGAUACCCUCGGCCAAGGAAUACUCAUGACGAACUCUGAUGACUCCGAUGAAACAACCAAAUGAAAAAAUCUAAACCGUCCAUCACAAAAAAGUACCUAAAAUAUUUCCGAACUUUUGUGAUAGUUCUAUGAAUGUUGAAACUUGUAAUCUACAUAUUUUGUAAAAAUAUUCUUUAAACUUUUAAAAAUCUUCUGAAGAAAAGUUUUCUCGUUAACUAUAAACGUUACAACGGUUAAAUUUCUGGUAAAAUAUUGCUCAAAUCUACUAUUAUGUACAAACAGUUAAAUAUAUUAAGUGUAAACAGUAUUAUUAAA